GACAACAAUAAAUUUUUAUACAUUUUUGCAAACAAUUUAAUAGAUAAUAUUUAUUUAAAAAAUGUUAUGCCGUUUGUGCAUUGGUGAUUGUGAUCAAAACUCUGUAGAGCUUAUGGACUCUGGCGGUCAAAAUACAUCUGUAUACAGUGUUGUUGCAAAGUAUUUCGAAAAGGAGAUAAACAAUAUGGAUCAUAUAAAAGCAGAAUUUGAGGCAGAACCAUGUGAGGGACCACCAAAAUUGAUCUCGCGUUUAAUUUGUGCUAAUUGUUGGCGACACAUCGACGAUUUUCAUCGAUGGCAAAAGGAGUUGGUGACUUUACAAGAAGAGCGCCUGAAGCCAUACCAAAGAGAAAUGGUUGAAAGUGUAAAACUAGAGUUGGAAAUUGAUGUCAACAACCUGCCUAUGUAUGAAGAAUCUUUCGCUGAUGAUACAUGUGAUAAUGAAGAUUAUUUUAAUGAAUAUACGGAAGAUCCUGUCGCUGUAUGUGGAAUAACCAAUGCUGAUCGCCCAAAUGAAUUGCUUCCAGUUAAGGAGAUGAAAAGCGAUGAUAAAUUAAGUGAAGAUAGCAACAACGACGAUAUGCCGUUAUUGAAUAGAAAAAAUUUAGCGAAAAAAAAAUCAAUUAAUGUCAUCAAAAGGCCUGGAAGACCAAAAAAACUUAAAAAAUCAGUGCAGAAAACAUCAGAUGUAGAAACGGAUUUAGAUCUUAAUGUGGAUGAUGCAAAUAAUACUGAAAAGGCUAAGGAGAAAAGUUUGAAAACAAAGGAAUUUGAUGCUUUUAUUGCCAAACAUUUUAAGGAACAAUUGCCUUGUGAGUUGUGUGGCCAUCUGUCUGCCGAUUUCACUGAAUUGCGUGUACACUUCCGUGAAAUGCACAACAAUAAUAAGGGUUAUGUAUUAUGCUGCAAGCACAAAUAUAGUCAACGAUUUCACUUUGUGGAACAUUUGCAAGUGCAUUUAAAUCCAACAAAGUUUCAGUGCUCAGAAUGUGGUAAAUGUAGUGCAAAUGCCAGAAGUUUAGUGGCGCAUAUGAAAUCAAUGCACGAACCUAAGUCAUUGGAACGACGUUUUGAAUGUGAAAUUUGUCAUAAGAAAUUCGCGAAAUUACCUAUUCUAAAAACUCACAUGGAGACACAUGCUGAAGGCAAUCCUGAUCAUGUGUGCAAGGAGUGUGGAAAGGGCUUUGUUUUAGAAAGUCGUCUUAACAUUCACAUACGAAACGUUCACAGUACAGCAUAUCAAAGCGUUUGCGAUCAAUGUGGCAAAUCUUUCCGAGGUCGGUAUGCAUUAAAAUAUCACUUGCUGGAACAUGAAGGAGGCGGCAAACAACUUUGGCCCUGUGAUCAAUGCGAUGCCAAAUUACAUUCCAAAUUUAGUUUAAAACGUCAUAAACGCAUAACUCAUAAUGAGAGUUCCACCGUGUACGUAUGCGGUGAAUGUGGCAAGGUGGCCUUGAGUGAGGAUGCUCUUAAGUCACAUAAGCGCUAUGUGCAUCAACGAGAGCGUACUCAUCAAUGUACGGUGUGUGGCAAAGCAUUUAAAGCAUCAAAAGUGUUAAAGGAGCACAUGACGACUCAUACAGGCGAGGACUUGUAUCAAUGUCCACAUUGUCCUCGUACCUUCAAAGUGAAUGCAAAUAUGCAUCAUCAUCGCAAACGGAAACAUCCAAAGGAAUGGGAAGAAAAUCGUAGACAUCGUUCAAUGUCAUUUAAACGUGUUGAUCUUAGCACCAUAUCGAAUGAAGUAGUACUGUAAAAAUUAAGAAUUACAUAUUUUCAAAAUUCCCUUAAAUGAUACCGUUUAAUUAGUUUUAUAAUUAUAUAAAUUAUAUAUGUAUAUAUAUUUUAUGACAUGUAAGAUUAUGAUACUUACCAAGUAUUUUUUUUAGUAUGAAGUUAAUUAAAAAAAGCUUGCAAAU